UAUUAAAUUAGGCGUCAUUUCCGUUUGCGGCUUGAACGAGGGAACACGUGCGUGGGAAGGCGAUUCUUCGUCGUCGUUGCCGCUUUGAAACGUAUAAAGCGUAUCGGUAGCCGUUUCGUCGCUCGUCUGUAUAAUUGUCGCGAGUAGAGUAUAUAAACAUUAUAGACAUGACUGAGAACGAGACGAAGGAAGAGACGAAUGUUGUUGACGACGACCACUCGAACGGCGAUACCGCCGCCGAGGUUAGUAACGAUGCGCCGACCGUUGACGCUAAGGAUGAAAAAACGGAGGAAGAUACGAAGGCAAACGGAACAGAUGUGGCAGAGGAACCGUCCGAGGAACUUUUGGCGAAGAUUAAGGCACAAGUGGAGUACUACUUCGGCAAUGUAAACAUGCAGAGGGAUAAAUUUCUCAUUGAACAGACGAAACUCGAGGAAGGCUGGAUUCCAAUGACUAUCAUGCUAAACUUCAAAAUGCUGGCCGCUCUCAGCAAGGAUGUCAAUGUAAUUCUAAAGGCCUUGGAAACCAGCGAUCUCAUGGAGAUAUCUGAGGACAAGAAAAAGAUACGUCGCUCGCCGAAGCAUCCCCUGCCAGAGUAUAACGAGGGAUACAGGAAAGCUCAGGAGGCUCGAACAGUUUAUGUCAAAGGCUUUCCGUUGACUGACAUAACUAUCGAGACAUUGAAAAUCUUUUUCAAACCGUACAAGCCAUUCGAAACGAUUGUGAUGAGAAAAUAUCAAGAUAAAGAUAAAGUUUUUAAGUUUAAAGGAUCUAUUUUUGUUCAGUUUGAGUCGUUAGAAGGCGCUCAGGCAUUUAUGAAUAUAGAGUGUAUAAAAUACGACGAUACUGAAUUAAUAAGGAAAUGGGCUGCGGAUUAUAAUGCAAGUAAAGUACUAGAGAAGGAGGAGCGUAGAAAAAAGAAAGCUGAAAAAACAAAGAAAUCUACAGAGGAAACAAAGGAUGAUGACGAAACGGAAGUUUCUACAGGAACCGAUAGUAAAUUGCCAAAAGGUUCCAUUAUUUACUUUUCUGGUGUUUCCAAGACGUGUACGAGGGAAGAUGUUAAAGAGUCUUUAGACAAAUACGACGCUGAUAUUGCAUACAUUGACUUCCAAAGGGGGCAUACGGAGGGCUGGGUGCGCCUGCAGGGAGAGAAUGCUGCUAAGCCUUUGUUGGAAAAGACAAACGAAGGCAAGGUGGUAAUCCAGGAGACUGAAGUUACCUGUAAAGUCCUCGAGGGUGAGGAGGAAGAUAAGUACCUCACUAAAGCGAUGGAAGAUAUGGCGGCUUCAAAGAGCAAAUACAACAAAGCCAAGCGAGGCGGUAAGAAAGGUCGCGCGCGGGGCACGAAAAAGAGAGGUAACAGUCCCUCGCACGAUACAGUUCCAGCUAAGAAGAGAGUUGUCGAAUAAGAUUUUUAUUUAGCUUGACCUAACCUUUAAAGUUACAUAAUGUACAUUACACUCUAUUUUCAAUGUAUUAACGAACAUAGAGGAUAACUAUAUAGAGAAAAGGAACGUUAAAUUACGCCUGGCAAUUUACUGUAGAAACUUCUGUUUCGCAAUCAUCUUUUGUUUUCUCUGUUUGAAAGAAGACGACAUAUUUAAA